CAGUGCUCAGUGUAUGGGAGAUGGGACGGACUGAUUCCACCAUAGCAGGUGUGGAAGAGGGGUGAGAGGGGGACCCGGAGAGCCCCGCAGCAAAGGCAGACAUCUCUUUCUCUCCACCCCAGCGGUGCCAGCUAGCAUCCCACUGGAAGUGGUUUGUCCACAGUGAUCCACACAGCUUUGGGGAAAGAGAGCAGCCGGCGGCGGUGACUGUGACUGUUGGGGCAUGCAGACUAUAAUGGAGGACUGGAUAGAUGACUCUGCAGAGGCCUUGCUAGAGAUGGAUGCUUAGUUUGACCUGGCAAUAAAGCCACUGACAGUCCUUCUGUGGGGUCAUGAGUUGUGUCCUCCCUUCACUUCUGCGUAACUUGACCGUCUGGACUUCAGCCCCACCCUCUGCUCACCUAUGCCUGCAGGACCAUGGGCAGUGUGAGCAGCCUCAUCAACGGCGGCAACAGCCUCAACAGCAACCACUGCAAAGCGUCUGACUACAGGUCGAGCAAGGGAACUAACCAUCAUAGGAAGAGUGGAGGUUGCAGCCUUGACGGGCUACUUAAGUGCAGCUUCACCCAGUGCUCCUCCACCACCACCCAUCCCUCUAAAGGCCUGACCCACUCCCGGUCCGGACGGAGCGAAGAUUUUUUUUACAUCAAAGUGAGCCAUAAACCGAGGUCAGCGCACCACAGAGGAGGACCGAUGGAAGAGCAUGCAGGUGGAAAGAAGAGAGAUGGAGAAUCAGAUGGACGACUGCAACCAAAACUGCUGCUUAUGUCGGGGAAAAUGACUGAGAGGACCUCUGCUGAGAAGUCAUUGGUCCGUUCCACUGCCUUCAAGCCUGUGAUUCCCAGGAGUACAUCGUCCACAGAGACAGGCCACAACAGCCUGGACCACAUUCUCUGUCCUCAGAAAAAAGCAAGGAGUCCUGAAAAUCAACACAAGCAAGACACCUUCUCAGGGACUUUCUCAGACUCUGGACGUAACUCCAUGUCUAGCCUGCCCACCCACAGCACCAGCGGCAGCCUAAGUGCUUCCACCGGCCCUGUCAGUCACGGCGAUGGCAGCUCAGCUCCCGCAAACGGCCUCAGCAAGGGAGUACAACCCAGUUUCCCUCCAUGGGUCAGCGGGAACAGCGCUAACCUUGACUGUAGCUACAGGGCCGGUUUAAACAGCGUGGGGUCGACAUCUAAGGGAAAUGGGGAUGCGAGCUCCCCACUCUCUGCAGACGAGCCAAGCGCACUCUCUGAAACUUCAGGUGGGAUUCGCUCCCCGAUUACCACAGACGAGUCACUGAUUGAACGUCUGGAACAAAGGCUGCUCGAGAGAGAGACCGAGCUGCACGAGCUACAGGUGAGUUUUGAGGAGAAGGAAGAAGACACCUGCCAGCUGUUUGAUGAAAGACAAAGACACUGUGCAGAGGAGAUGGAGGGGCUCAAGCAGCGAUGCUCCACAAAGCUCCGGCAAGUGUCGCAAAUGGCAGCAAGAACCCAGCAAGCCCUUCAGCUGCAGGUCAAGCAGCUCCAGGCAGAGAAAGAGAGACUCCUGGAGGAUGUCUCAAAGCUGACCCGGGAGAAGGGUCUCGUCGAGCUCAGACUGAGGUCGUAUGAGACAGAAAACACGCAGCUGGCUCCAACUCUUGAGGAAACUCAGUGGGAGGUGUGCCAGAAGACAGGGGAGAUCUCGCUGUUGAAGCAGCAGCUGAGAGACUGCCAGGCGGACGUCAGCCACAAGCUAAAUGAAAUCGUCAGCCUCAGGGCUUCGCUGAGGGAAAACGCGGCGAAGAUGGAGACUCUCGAGAAGCAGAAUAAAGACCAUGAGGACAAACUUCACUCUCGCACCAUCGAGGUUGAGGUCUGCCAAAACGAGCUCCAGCGCAAGAAGAACGAAGCUGAUUUACUCAGAGAGAAAGUGGGCAAACUUGAGACGGACAUUCAGGGAAUGAAACAUGAUCUGGCCAUGGCCAAAGAGCAGAGGCUGCAGCACAGUUUGCAACGUGAGGUCCAUGCCCAGACACAGGCCUUGGAGAGAUUAAUCCAAGGCUCAGACUCCCCUGCUCUGGGCCAGGCGGAGGAGAGCAGCGGACAUGUCUCCACAGAAUCACUCCAGAGAGACGUGGAGGGACUGAAGCAGCAGCUCAGGGAGGAGAAGGAGGCACAGGAGAGGCUGGCCAACAGCUUUGAGCAGGAGAGGCAAACAUGGAACAAGGAGAAAGGCAGGGUCAUCAAGUACCAGAAGCAGCUCCAGAUCAACUACCUGCAGAUGCACAAGAAGAACCAGGACCUGGAGAGGAUCCUAAAGGAGCUCACCGCCGAAAUGGAGAGCCGGACGGAGCUCGGCAUGGACAUCAACUAUGGCUCAGGGUUACAAACAUAUGAAGAUGUUAUUGCCACAGAGAUUUGACCGGAGCGGUCACACACAUUCAGUGAAGUGAAAGCGAACCGCACACUUGACUGUUUGUUCACCACAGAUAUUUAUUGCACCUGGAGAUCAGUCACUGCUAACUAGUAUUUUACAAGGGUUAUUUAAUAGAAUGUGCACACCGUUACAUUGUGUAUUUUCUGUUUAGGGCACAACAAACAAUAAAAGGUCUAGCUUUUUGUGAUGACGCUGAUAGUUCUUGUUCAAAAGUAAAUGCUAAAUUAUUAAAUGUUCAAAUGAGAGUA